AUGAGACUUAUCAUUAGACCCGACAGCAGAUCGGCAUCCGCCCAUGUGGCCCACUACAUUCUGGAUCGCAUCAGAACCUUUGAUCCAACACCCGAGAAGCCGUUUGUUCUUGGACUUCCUACGGGCAGCAGCCCUAUUCAAAUCUACGAAAUUCUGGUCACUGAAUACAAGGCUGGCCGUAUUUCUUUCGAAAAUGUCAUUACUUUCAAUAUGGACGAGUAUGUCGGGCUUCCCCAGACACACCCAGAGUCAUACCAUAGCUUCAUGUUCCACCAUUUCUUUUCACACGUGAACAUCAAGCCUGAAAAUGUCCACAUCCUCGACGGCAAUGCGCCUGACUUGGAUUCUGAGUGCGCGGCUUUUGAGGAUAAGAUCAAAGCAGCCGGUGGCAUCGACCUCUUCCUUGGAGGUGUCGGUCCGGACGGUCACAUCGCCUUCAAUGAGCCGGGGUCGAGUCUGGCUUCUAGAACUAGAGUGAAGACGUUGGCGAUGGAUACUAUACGUGCCAACGCUCGCUUCUUCGGAGGUGACCUGAGCAAGGUCCCGCAAAUGGCUUUGACUGUUGGUGUGCAGACAAUCAUGGAAGCGAGGGAAGUCGUCAUCAUUGUGAACGGAGCAAGCAAGUCUAUUGCUCUUCAAAAGGCGAUUGAAGGUGGAGUGAACCACAUGUGGACGCUAUCAUGUCUUCAACUCCACCCCUACUCGAUGAUUGUGGCGGAUGAAGAUGCGACUCUGGAGUUGCAAGUGAAGACAGUAAAGGUGCGUAGGGUUCUGAGGAAACGAAACAUAAACUUUCUGACACUCAUCGCACAGUACUUUAAGAGCAUCGAAAAGGUCGGGUUGGGCAAGGGUUUCGAGCAAAAAUUGCCUCUGAGGCUGAGGACCGUGUCGCUUGCCAGCCCUCCUCAAACACCAGCAGACAACAAGCCGGCUUUUAACGAAGACCACCUUGUAGAGUUGACACCGGAUAGCAUGUCAUCUCGCAUUGCGUCGUGGCCCGUCAUUUGA